AUGCUCUUCUCCUUCCCCGCUUUCUUUCCUCUCCUCCUCUUCGUCGACGCCCACCCCUCUGGCAAGAAGGUGCCGCACAACGGUCCAGCCACUGGUCCCCAUACCGGCCCCAAUACGCCGCCACGCACACUGCCACUCCAGCGCUUGCCCUCUCGCGAGUUCUCACCCUCUCUGUCCGAGAAACAGGCAUGGCUCUUGGACCAAGCGGCUGUUCUACAGCACAAGUAUGCUCCCGAGCUCGACGAAGAAUGGAAGAAAUACAUCGGCAUAAAUAAGAAGAGGGAUGUUGGCACUGCUCAACUCACGAAUGUUGACUACGAUGGCUGGUAUCUAGGAGCUGUCAACAUCGGCACACCUCCCCAAGAGCUGCUCCUCGUGCUCGACACUGGCUCGGCUGAUCUUUGGGCGGCAGGCGCGGCUUGUGGGUCGUGUGGUAACGGAGAGAGGUUCGACCCUACCGCUUCGUCUACAUACCAACAGACCGACGGCGCCUUCGCUAUCGCCUACGGCUCAGGUAGUGUUUCCGGCAACCUCGGCACCGACGUUGUAGAGCUCGCUGGUUUCUCCCUACCCAACAUCUCAUUUUCUAUCGCGAACCAAGCGAGCAACGGACUCAUCAGCGCCCCCGUCUCCGGCAUCAUGGGUCUUGCCUUCCAGAACGUCUCCACCUCCAAGAAAGCGACUUGGUGGGAAACCCUUGCGACCUCCGGCAGAUGGGAUUCUCCCGAGCUUGGCGUCUCCAUGGCGAGAUUUAGAGGGAACAAUAGCGCUUCUAGAGUCGAGACUGACGGUGGAUACAUUACCUUUGGUGGCGUCGAUCGUACCAAGUUUGUAGGUGAACUUAACUACGUCUCCAUCGACUCUUCAGCCCGAGACUACUGGCGCAUCCCUGUGGAACACUUGACCGUCAACGGCAACUUUGUCAACAUCUCUCAACCACAAGCUGCUAUCGACACCGGUACCACACUCAUCGGCGCUCCUCCCUCCGCCGUCCAAGCCAUCUUUGCUCAAAUUCCUGGAUCUCAGCCUCUCGACGCCAGUAUCGCCGGAACAGGAUAUUGGCAGUACCCUUGCAACGCUACGGUCCCGGUCGUCUUUCAGUUCGGCGGGGAAAAGUACGAGAUGAGCAAUCAAGACAUGAACCUUGGAUCGUAUACGAGCGACAGUAGCAUGUGUACGGGAGCUUUCUUUGAACAACAGAUGUCUUCUUCCUCUCCAAUCCAGUGGAUCGUCGGCGCUUCCUUCCUCAAGAAUGUGUAUACCUCUUUCCGGAACGACCCUACAGCUAUCGGCUUUGCUCCCCUCAAUGCUCAGUAAACGACGGACGUUUCCUUUGCAUUCUUGCCCUAUAUACGACUCUACGAUACGCUAUCCACGGACACUCAAACGAAUUCGGAGAAGCUUGCUUGAUGCCUCAAUGACGAUCAUGAUACACGUUCGGAUCUUGGCGAAGUUGAUAUAUUUGACGAUAGAUAUACCACGUAGCAUACACGGACUUCUAACGCAUUAUGUACACGUUCAUUCAAGUCUUUAACUAGAUGCAUCUCAUCAUUG